AUGACGAGCGAAACACAAAUCCGCAUCCGACCUGAGACGGACUCCGACGUGUCAGCAAUCGACGAAGUCAUUUCAACCGCAUUCCUAAAUGCCGAGCAUACAGACCACACGGAGCAAUUCAUCGUCCGCGGCCUCCGCGAAGCGAACCAACUAUCAAUCUCUCUGGUCGCAGAAGACGAAGUCACACAUAGAAUUGUGGGCCAUGUCGCUGUCUCACCGGUGAAAAUCUCAGAUGGCAGCGAGAAUUGGUACGGGCUAGCGCCAGUCGCCGUAUCACCCGAGUGUCAAGGAAAAGGCAUAGGGUCGAUGUUAAUAGAACGUGUGAUGGCGGGUCUUCAGACCCACCAUGCGGCUGGGUGCGUUGUAUUGGGAAACCCCAAAUAUUAUACGCGCUUUGGUUUCAAGGUAGAGCCUUCUCUGCAACUACCAGGUGUGCCGCCGGAGUAUUUUAUGGCUCUCAAUUGGAGUACUCCAACACCGACUGGCACUGUGUCGUAUCAUCAAGCUUUUGAUGUAUCGGUAUAA